AGGCGCGGCGUGUUUUAAACAUCCUCCGAGGGGGAAUUGAAGCUGCGUGUUUAUUGAGUGGUUGGCUUCUCUAGAAGGAAGAUGCCGAGCCGCCCCGAGGACUACGACGUGCUCCUCACCAUCGGCGCCGGGUCCUACGGCAGGUGCCAGAAGGUUCGGAGGAAAGCGGACGGCAAGGUCUUGGUCUGGAAGGAACUUGACUAUGGAUCUAUGACAGAAUCUGAAAAACAGAUGCUCGUUUCUGAGGUGAACUUGCUCCGUGAGCUGAAACAUCCAAACAUAGUCCGAUAUUAUGAUCGUAUAAUUGACAGGACAAACACAACUCUUUAUAUCGUGAUGGAAUAUUGUGAAGGUGGAGACUUGUCUACACUUAUUGCAAAAUCUACAAAAGAAAGGCACUACCUGGAAGAGAUUUUUGUCCUCCGAGUUCUUACUCAGUUGACCUUGGCCUUGAAGGAGUGUCAUAGGCGAAGUGAUGGGGGUCAUACUGUCCUUCAUCGGGAUCUAAAGCCAGCAAAUAUAUUUCUCGAUGGAAAGAGAAAUGUGAAGCUUGGUGAUUUUGGCCUUGCUAGGAUUCUUCACCAUGACACUAGUUUUGCAAAAACAUUUGUUGGAACACCAUACUACAUGUCUCCAGAACAAAUAAACCGCAUGUCCUACAAUGAAAAAUCUGACAUCUGGUCUUUAGGAUGUCUUCUGUAUGAAUUGUGUGCAUUGUCGCCUCCGUUUACGGCUUUUAACCAAAAAGAGUUAGCAGAAAAGAUAAGAGAAGGAAAAUUCAGACGGAUCCCUUAUCGUUAUUCAGAUCAGCUGAAUGAGCUCAUCACAAAGAUGCUGAACCUAAAGGAUUAUUGCCGGCCUUCAGUCGAAGAAAUCCUGCAGAACCCUUUGAUCACUGAUUUGGUGUCUGAGGAGCAAGGGAGGAUCUUGGAGAGAAAGGGGCGGCGAUCUGGAGAACAUGAUAAAGUUGAAAGGCUUUCUGGAACUCCAGCGAGCGAACUGAAACUGAAGGAGCAGCAGCUGCAUGACAGGGAAAGAGCCCUAAAAGAGAGAGAGUUUAGGCUGGAACAGAGAGAGCGGGAACUGUGUGUUCGAGAGAGGCUGGCAGAAGACAAACUGGCUAGGGCUGAGAACUUGAUGAAGAAUUACAACUUGCUCAAGGACCAGAGACUCAUGCUGCCAACAACCAGCCCAGGUGAUGUAUUGCCAGGCUUUCCCACACGAAAAAAGAAAGUCCAGUUUGGUGAUGAAGGUAAAGAAAACGAGCAGUCCGUGGACAGCCUGGAGAAUUUCCCCCUCUCCAAAGAAAAAGGAUACAACUUAAAGAAGCGCCUCUAUGCUGCUAACCUGCGUGCUCAAGCUCUGUGCGAACUGGAGAAACACUAUCAGCUGAAAAGUCACCAGCUCCUAGGGAUGCGCUGAAAGCAUGUUGAUUUCCACAUUCUGUAUAUAGAAUUCUCUUGUGUUUUAUACGUUGUCCUUUUACGUAUCCGCUUUUAUGUGUUUAUAGUGGAAAGAUAUGUAGGCUGGAUUGAGAAAAGAUGCUAAAACAUUUCAAACUAUGGAAAAGCACGGCUUGGUAAAAUAUAUUUAGAUCUCCCUCCUCUGACAGUUUGCAUUUUGAUGCUGUUUUUCCAACACUGCAUGAAGAAACCAGCAUGGUUGUAAUAUUGAACUUUGAUGGAGAGUGUAGAUUGGGUUUUUUUUAAGUGCUGGGAAUUAUUUUGUAACAAAGGGCAUAACAGUACAAAGAAAGUUACAAUGCCCUGUCAAAAGAAAGAAGAGUAUUUUUUUAUUAAAACUGCUUUCCAAACCUUUUUUUUCUGAAAAAAUACAAUCAUUAAUCUCAAGGAGAACAGUCCAGGGAAAAUGCUGGAGGCUGUUGGAAGUGUCUGGAAAAAAUGAAGAGUUGCCUCAUUUAUAAAAAACAGAUUUGUUUCAAACCAAGCUAAAGUGUACCUAGUGAAUGCCUUCUCAACCCUGUUUCUCAAUGUAGUUACCAGAUGUGAGUAUAAAUCAAAAUUUGGAGAUCUUAGAAAACAAUUUAUAAACUGUUUGCUAUUGUUAAAGGGUACAUUUUAUACAUUAAAUAAGAAAUCAAACAGGAGAA